CGCAUUACGUUCAGCAAAUGCGCAGUUCCUGCCCUUACCAUUGCUAAAUACGAAACAGCAAUUUUGGGGACUUCUUUGAUUACAAUGCCUUUGAUUCAAGAAAGGCUACGGAUUCUCCUCGUCGGAAACGGCGGGAGAGAACACGCCUUAGCCUGGAAGUUGUCCCAAUCUUCCCUGGUCGAUUCAAUCUACGUCGUCCCCGGAAAUGGUGGAACUGGCAGUGCCAUUCCCAAGGUUGCCAACAUUGAUGAUGUGAGCGCCGAUGACUUCCCAGCGCUUGUCGUGCUGGCCAAGAAGCAUGGGAUCAACUUGGUCGUCCCCGGUCCCGAGGCACCUCUUGUCGCUGGCAUUGAGGGCUACUUCCGCGCUGCGGGUAUUCGCUGCUUUGGUCCCUCCAAGGCAGCCGCGCGCAUGGAAGGAUCGAAGACCUUCUCAAAGGAUUUCAUGGCCCGGCACCAGAUUCCGACGGCCGAGUUCCGCAACUUCAGCGACUACAAUGCCGCCAAAGAAUACAUCGACAGUAUCAAGCACGAUGUCGUUAUCAAGGCCGAUGGGCUGGCUGGUGGAAAGGGUGUGAUCAUCCCCAAAACCAAAGAAGAAGCCCAGGCUGCUCUCAAGGAAAUUAUGUUGAACCACGAAUUUGGAAAUGCUGGUGAUGAGGUUGUCAUCGAGGAGUACCUCGACGGAGAUGAAUUGAGUAUCUUGACCUUCAGCGACGGCUACACGCUUCGAUCCUUGCCUCCUGCACAGGACCAUAAGAGAAUUUUCGACGGCGAUCAAGGACCCAACACUGGCGGCAUGGGUUGCUACGCACCGACCCGAAUUGCUUCAGAGCAGGUUAUUGAGGAGAUUCACAGAACAAUUCUGGAGCCAACAAUCAAGGGAAUGAGACAGGAGGCUUUCCCCUUCUGCGGUGUCCUCUUCACUGGAUUGAUGAUGACCAAGAACGGCCCCAAGGUCCUUGAGUACAACACUCGAUUUGGCGACCCGGAAACGCAGACGCUCCUCCCUCUCAUCAGUGCUGACACCGACUUGGCCGAAGUCAUGGUUGCAUGCACGGAGCGCUGGCUCGAUGCGGUCGAGCUCAAGGUUGAGCCCAAAUUUGCGGCCACCGUUGUCGUUUCCGCUGGUGGAUACCCAGGCUCGUACGCAAAGGGCACCGAAAUGACACUUGACGAGCGUCCGGAAGGUAUCGAAAUCUUCCAUGCUGGUACGACAAUCAAGGAUGGCAAGCUGCGGACUUCUGGUGGACGUGUGAUUGCGGCAUCCGCUACGGCCGAGACUCUUGAAGAGGCCGUCAAGCGGGCUUACGAUGGUGUUGCUACCAUUCACUUUGACAAGAUGUUCUACAGAAAGGACAUUGCUCACCGAGCAUUUGGAGUUAAGGCCCCCAAGGAGGCGAUGACCUACGCUUCAGCCGGCGUUUCGAUUGAUGCCGGUAACGACUUGGUUCACAGAAUUAAGUCAGCAGUUCGUUCAACCAAGCGAACUGGGGCUGAUGCUGAGAUUGGUGGCUUCGGUGGAACUUUCGACCUGGAACGCGCCGGCUACAGCAAGAUUCCCGUCCUAAUUGGAGCAAUUGACGGUGUCGGAACGAAGCUCAAGGUUGCUCAGGCCAUUGGCAAGCAAGAUACCGUCGGUAUCGACCUUGUUGCCAUGAACGUCAACGACCUCGUCGUCCAGGGUGCCGAGGCGCUCUUCUUCCUUGACUGCUAUUCUUGCAGCAAACUGGAUGUCGGCAGUGCCGCCUCGUUUGUCGAAGGUGUUGCCGAGGGCUGCCGACAGGCCAACUGUGCUCUCGUCGGCGGCGAGACCGCUGAGAUGCCAGGCCUCUACUCUGGAUCCGAAUACGAUGCGGUCGGUGCAGCUGUCGGAGCUGUCCAGAAGGAUCGUAUUCUGCCCAACACUGCCAGCAUGGAGGAAGGCGAUGUACUUCUCGGACUUGGUUCCAACGGCGUUCACUCAAACGGCUUCUCCCUGGUUCGAAAGAUUAUCGAGCGCAACGGCCUCUCCUAUGAGUCGAAAGCACCCUGGGAUGAGACCACCACCGUCGGACUCUCCCUCCUGACGCCUACCCGUAUCUACGUCAAGCCUCUUCUCCAGGUCAUCAAGCAAGAUUUGGUGAAGGGUAUGGCCCACAUCACCGGCGGUGGUCUCUUUGAGAACAUUCCCCGUAUGCUGCCCGACAACCUCACGGCCGAAGUUGACGCCUCGUCGUGGACGCUUCCCGCCGUGUUGACAUGGCUCAAGAAGGCCGGCAACGUGACCGGCCCCGAAUUCGGCCGCGCCUUCAACACCGGUCUCGGCAUGGUCAUUGUUGUUUCCAAGGAGAAGGCCGACGAGACCAAGAAGAUUCUCGAGGCUGCCGGUGAGAAGGUCUUCCAAGUCGGCAAGCUCGUCAAGCGUACCGGCGAGGGUUGCGUUGUUACGAACAUGGACAAGUGGGAUGCAUAGACGUUAGAUUUUACGAGAUUUGGCAUCAUUUUUCCCCUUCCUUAUAUUUAUAUUUAUAUAUAUAAAAGCCCAUCUUUCUCUCAUUUUUGGCGCA